AUGGAAGGAUAUCGUCUCAUGGAAAUGAGUUUUCUGUCUAGCACGAACGAUAAUAUGGCGAUUUCCGGUCAACCGCACGCUCUGACAAAUGAUCGUAUACGCGUAGGCACAAGUAGCAUGGAUGCAAAUGUAUCUUCACCACUUAUUGAUCCGUUGUGGUGUAUCCCGGAUGGCGGGGACGUUGGUUACACGAUGACGGAGUUGCAACCGUCGCCGCCAGGAUAUCGUGUCCAGGAUGAGGCCCCAGGCCCACCUUCCUGUCCCCCGGGAUCCUACAAAUACGCGAGCCACGGCCACGGGAGCGAGGCUGCCAAUUUCAAGAGUGCCACGUCGUAUUCUCAGGAAGGCUAUGGCCUUAAGCAGAGUCCGCCUCGGUCGGUGGCUCCUAACGAAUAUUACCGUCGCAGAAACGACGGGCGGAGGUCCAGUACGGAGAAUGAUCACGAGGGUGGUAACGGCAGCAAGAAGGUCACCGCGGUUACCAGUUACAACGACAGUCACAAGAAGAAUACUCCGGGCUAUAAGAACGAUUGCGGAUACAACGAGAACCUCGGAUUCAACAGCUUCACGCUCCCUCUUAAUGAGAGAGACGAAGCUUCGCCACCACCGACGCCACCAGUUAGGGAUGCCUCCAGCCUCAAGGGCGUGUGUUACGGCCCGGGACACGAGAAGUAUCCUUCGUGGCCAAGCGCGCCAGAACGACACUCCGACGAGGAUAUCCACAGCUCAGGGCACAGCGGUUCUCAUCGCUCCAAGUCUUGGACCGAUCACACCAACUAUCCGAAGGAGAAGCCGGCCCAAUACACCAGACCACACACGAAGAGGCCCAAUCCUGCAUUCACGCAGCAGUUGAAGACGGUAAUGGAGCGUUGCGAGAAGAUCCCAGCUGAGACUUACGAGUCACGCAACAGAAGUAGUGUUGAAGAAGAGCCGAGAUUGUGGCCGCGCGUGGAUCGUGAAGGCAAAGCUUUGGGAGAUGCGGAAUAUGUAGUUCCAUCACCACCGGAACGAGAACAGCAGUCUCAGACUUUGAAUCAUGUUGAUCUGGAGGCUUAUGUUAGAAGCUACCAGGACCCUCAGGUGUCCCAGGUGGACCUCUAUCGCGAAACAACCUUAACGCAAGCUGGUCUUGAAGAAUAUACGAGAGUGCAGCAUUCUCAACAAGCUAGCUAUGCGCAAUCCGAGGGAUAUCAUAGCUAUGUAUCCAGCGUGGAUUCUACAACGAACACACCGUUUCUCGACAGAUUGAGGAGAGACAGCGAGGCAGUAGCACAAAGACCCACGGCGUCUUGGGAAGAUACUUCUCGAGAGGGUAGAGACAGCGUAGUGACUACGUCUAGUGGUAGCGCUUCUAGUAGCGAGACUUUGAAAUGGCACGGUUCGAUGUCGGAUGUCAGCGUAUCGAGCGGUAUGCCUCCUCGUCAAGUAGUAGCAGAUCGAUGGCAUCAUGGAUCUAUGUCAGAUGUUAGCAGUGUAAAUGGAGGGAUCAUAACUCAAAAAUCCAACAAUGUUUGUCACGAAAAGUGGCAGAGUUCCAUGAGUGAUGUCAGUACGUCCGGGAUAGGUCCGCCAGGAAAAGGAAGGCACAGUCUUGACAAAUGGCAGUCUUCGAUGAACGACCGAAACAAGCAGGGACAGAGUAGGCCCAGCUUGCCAGCGGUGAUCGGUCAAUGUACGACAUCACAAACGAAUCAAUCAUGGGACAAUUCGAGCAGUCUGGAGAAUGACAAGUAUGUUCAAUCUAUGCCGCAAAGUCCUACGUGUCAGCAAGUUGGAACAGAAAGUCCACAGAGUUCUGAAAAUUGGAAUCCUAUACACGGAUCGAUGUCCGACGUGAGUCAAACUAAUGGAAUCCAAUGCAGCAAGCAGCUGAUUGCUCACAGUGCCAGAGUGCAGACUCCUCAACGACAUCAUUCGGAAAGCGUGCUGUAUUUGGAUCGCGAACGUAGCAAACGAAAACUUUAUCCAGUCAGUACAACGCAACCACAAGAAUCCACGCAAUCUUCAAGAAUGACCUUAAAUUCACCGCCACAACCGCAGCUUUCAGUAGCUGAACGCAUUAACGAAUUAGAAAAGCAGCAACAACAACAACAAAUGCGUUACACUUAUUUGGAUCCAGAAAAACGUCAUAGGGUAUCCGAUCCUACAUUGAAAGCAAUUCAAAAGAAAGCGCUAUUAUCUUACUACGAAAGACAUCAUCAAGCGUCUUGGCGAUCGGAACCUCAGUUGGCGCAAGGUCCUGCGCCAGCUUCUCAGAGUCCUCAAAGUCCACCACCUCAGCCUCCUCCCCGACCGAGACCUUCCUCAUCCCGAAGAGCCAGUUCAGCAUCAGAUUAUGUCAGUGGAACGUGGAGAGAAAACGUUAGCAGAGCUCAGAAUCAAGGAAAUGGUGACUUGCCGAGCCCUAAGCAUCAACAUAGCAACAGUUGCAGUAGUCUCUCCACGGAUUUAUUAGGUCCUGUGAUAGUUGGACCAGCUAUAUCGAUAGAUGACUGGGUGCCCGAGAGACCGCCUAAAAAGCCACACCUGAGAACCGCUUUCAAUGAACGUAUACCUAGCCCCGACUUACCACCUCCGUCGCCACCGACAGUCACAGAAAGUGAGGUCCACGAUUGCGACGAUCCAUUGCCACCCCCACCACCUGAACUCAGCGAGGAUUGUUUUACAGAGCGUAAAUCUAACAACAUUCAUCACCAGACGGAGGAAACGGUAAAGAUCAGUCGUGAAAGGUCAUGCGAACGACAUAAGUCGGAAAGACAUUCCAUGAAAAGAUCGAAACAUAACGCCAAGAGAGAUCACGAUAAGCCCACCGGUAAAUCUUCGCCGAAUUCGACGAAAACAGGCGUACAGGAACAGGAACAGCAUCAAUUCGUGAGAUCCACCGCGGCAUUGAAACACGUGGAUUCUGAAAUGGUACUGGAGAAUGGAGUCUCGGCUGGCUUCGCCACUCACAGGAUGGUAGUCACGGGACGUUCCAGUUUAAGAUAUCCUUCUACCCAGAAACUUAUGGUGAAUGGGAGGAUAGCUCCGACGAGGAGAAUAUCCGAGGAGAGAUCUUUUUCAACUAGACCUCCGGCGCAACUACCUGAUCUCAUAUCGCAAAGAUACAGUGAUUCCGGGAAUCAGAGACCUGCCCCGCAAGUUCCCGUGGAACCGAGGAUUAUUCGACAGGAAUCGAUGCGAAUUGACGGGACGCGUGUCGACGCGUCCGGUUUGUUACGAAACGAUUCUGGCCAGAGAUUAGAAUCUUCUUCAGGUCAAAGACCGCAACCUCAAGUGCCUAAAAAUGCAGAUAAGAAUGCUAUUGCGAGUCCAUCUUCGAGACCGAAUUAUCUGCCAGUGACAGAAGUCGCGAAGAGUCCGUCCAAAUACCUGAAGAGCGGAAAUCACAGUUUUUCCAUUGGCAGCCCGGUAAAAACGGGAUACGAAGCUAGUUCAAAACUGUUUCCCUCGGAAUCAAGCCCACAAAAAUAUCACGAACCCCCGAAAUACGUUCCUAAUCACCAUCAACGUUCUAAUGAUGUAACGCAGAGGACUACGCACGGUUAUUAUGCACUACCGCCGAAGUACGUUGAUAUCCCUAAACAGAAACCUCAGCCUCAAUGUCCGACGGAGAAAUAUAGCACGGAUUCUCCUAGUUCGCCACCGCCGCCUUUAGCACCACGGCAGAAUAUAUCGGGUAGGAAGUCCUUGCCGCCUCCGCCGAGACCUGCACCUCCGCACUCUCACCAAGGAAGCCAGUCUAAGGCUUCCUACUUGGCUUACAGACGAGAGCGUGGUGCUCCCGAUAGCGAGGGCAGCUACAAAAGAACUAUGUCGCCAACCUCACGCAUGGACGAUUGGCCGCCUCCUAGGGAUCAUGACGAUCCCGUACUUUUACGUGUCACACCGCAUCAUCCAUUACAACAGCAUCAUCACCAUCACAAUAAUCAUCAUCAACAGCAACCUUCUGAUCUCUCCAAGUCAUACAGCGUGGACGCUCUUCAUCAUCGAUUAGAGGAGAGAUGUUCUCAACAGCAACAUUCGGCAGAGGUGGUCAGUAAACUCUCUCACGAUCUCAACAAAAAACUCCAAGCUAACGAUGUACGGUCUCGCACUAAUGAAAAUAACAACAACGACAACCUCGAGGAUCGGCAUCAGCAUCACCAUCAUCAUUAUCAAGAAAAAAGGCAUCCAGAAAAAAGACAUGACUAUGAGCAACGUAGAGAAAGACUAUCGCCGCAAAGCGUGGAAGUUCUUAAUGAUAGGAACAGGCAGUUAGAGCGGGAACGUCGGAAGUUGGCAGCGAGCUGCGAGCCCCUACCUCAAAAUAGAGAGAAACAGCUACGAGAAAUCAGUGGUCCGCUUCCAAUUACCGGCGACGAUUUCUUCCGCGAUAGAAGUGCUACGAUCGAGAUGACCUCGCAGAAUAUUGAAUUAUUAAAUCGCCGUAAUGAAAAGAGGAUGAGUGCUGUAUCAACAUCAAAUAACACGAUAUCUACGUACUCUAUCAGCACUACAACAUCGUCAGUCGCCACGAAUUACGAUAAUGGUUGGGCUAGAAAAUAUGAAACACAGAACUCGAUAGAAACUACACUCUUUUCCGACAGACCACCACCACCGACAAGUUCACCACCGAGAUCACCAAAUGAGACUAGCAGUCCACGAGGAGCUGUUCCGAGACGAUCAGGAAGUUGCUCGAGCACUUCUUCCUCAGGAAGAUCGAUAGAUGCUCGCGUAUCGCCUCGAGCUUUGCUGUCCAGAUCGUCUCCUAAAAGUUCUCUCGAUUCUCUCACGCGGAACGAAGCUCGGAUAGAAUAUACCUCUAACAGAAAAGUCUCUAGCCCGACUCAAACGGAUAAUACAGGUUCUUGGAACAGAUCCAAUUCGCCGAGUCGGCUGAGUCAAACAAGCGAUACGGAAUCGCGGAUUGAGAGACUUUCCGCGUCUUCGAAAUUUAGGACUGGCGGCAGAUCGUCCACGUCUUCGAUCUCAAGCGUUUCCAAAGCAUCCUCUUCCUCCUCACCAAGGAAUUCGCCAGUGGAGGAGGACAAAUCGUCACCGAGAUCGUCACUUUGUGUGUCGCCCCAACCGGGUAUAGAAGGGCUGACAUUAGUGCAACGUACCGAGGUCGUGCUUCGGGUAAACGCGACCACCAGUGACGCCGCUUCGCAAACUGAUAUCUUGGAGGACAUGGAGCAAGAUUGUGUCAACAAAAUUCAGCGGCCGCUUCCGGAAUCUAGGAAGAAAUUACCAGAGGAAAUCGAGUGCGAAGAACUCAGCAAAGAUCUAGCCAGUCAACUCAGCCCCAACGAUAAACUAGUGCCCAUACUCGUUCCAGCGCCAGAGCACAAGAAACCCACCGACUACGUUUCCGGCCUGUUCAGGGCGGAGGCGACCUUGCAGCCACGAACAAGGCGACGGCUCUCCCUGGAAGAGUCAACGGCCUCCUGCAGCGACGACGCGGACGUGGACGAUAAAAAACACGAAACGAUACCUUCAGCUCCCGUCACGCCACUGUCGACCGAUUCUACUACUAGCCCUCUAUCCCUCACUUCAGCUUAUUUCACGACAUCCGAGGGAAAGGCGAGGUUCCUGACGAGAUACUCGCGAGACGUCACUGCGGAGGGAUUAACACAUCAAGAGGAUGCGUCAGCGGUUGUACCAACGAAUAGCCUUGACCUUAGGCAGAAAAAGGAGGAGCUGAUGAUGCGCCUCGACAGGAAGUUAGUGGUUCUCAGGGCUGAACAGGAGGCCGUAAGAGAGGAAGGUGAGGUGAAUGAGACUCUGGGUGCACGAGUCGCCGCUCGCGUUUCCGCUGUGGCUCGCCCGCCGGAAGCGUCCAAGUAUCGGAAUCACGUAGAGGAAGUUGGCAAGAUUACGAGUCUUCUUCUCGGUCUCAGUGGCAGGUUGGCUCGCGCUGAGAACGCCCUUUAUGGAAUGCCGGCCGACCAUGUAGAGAGAAAAAUUUUGGAGAGCAAACGGGACAAGCUGAUGGAUCAAUUAGAAGAAGCAAAGAUUCUAAAGAACAAUAUCGAUAAACGUAGCGUAAAUAUGUCGACGAUCCUAGCAAAGUACCUGAAUGAAGAAGAAUUUGCUGACUACCAGCAUUUCAUCAACAUGAAGGCGAAGCUGAUAGUGGACGGUCGCGAAAUACAGGACAAGGUGAAGCUUGGCGAGGAGCAAUUAGCUGCGUUGAAAGAGGCAAUUGACUAGUCGUAAUAUGAGGGACUUACAUGCUAAGUUAUUAUGAAAUUCUUAAAUAACCGCGCAUUUCCAGGCGUGAACAAUGGUGUUCCGCAUAAUGAGUUAAGCUGACUCUAAAAAUAUAUAUAAGAUGUUAAUAGAGGUGAAAAGUUAAGGGAACACACAAAAG